AUCCUUGUGAGCUAUAACAUCAAACCUCAUCCAAAACAAUCCGGCUCACAACCACCACGUUUUACUUCAUUUUCCAUUAUCACACCCACCCACCCACGUAGACAACGCGAACAUGGCGAUGGCAAUACCCAGGCCGCCGGCAACCAUGUCCUCCACGACGGCCUCUUCCAGUUCCAAUCGGAAGCCACCGUUUUCAUCAUCCGCCACCAUCUCCAUCAAAUGCCAUCGGAGCCCGGGAGUUUCAAGAAGAGAUUUGUUGAGCGCGGGGCUGAGUUUCGUGCCUCUGCUCACCAUUCCAACAAAACCCAAGGAAGUUGAAGUUGGAUCCUACCUCCCUUCUUUUCUCGUCUACAAAGCAAAACCCACCAUUCACACUGCUUCCGGUACCAUUUCGAUCUGUUUUUAACUGCGUAUUCUUCAGUUUCUUUAUCAUUUCGUCUACAUAUGACUAUUCUUUUUAUAAAUUGAGAUAGACCAGUAUCUUUGGAUUCUAAUUUCUCGAAUUUUCGCAGUAUAAGCCAUGGUUGGUUGAAGUCUGGAUCGUUUUUCUUCAAAUUACAUCAUCAACAUUGUGGUUAUUAGUAAUUACAGUACUACCUGGUAGACUUUAACUUCGGAUUGAACGUGGUGUUCAAGUUCAACUUCAAUUCAUUAUUCGUACUCUACAGUCUACUCCGGACUGCAAGCUACCAAUUUUUAGUUACCAAGAGUAUUUGCCUAUUUGUGACACUCCUUAUUUAAGUAGGAUUUUGAUCAUGAAUUAAGACUUUCCUAGAAAUGCUAGGGAAGGUAAGAAAAUACUAACGAAAGGUAUUUUCUUGUGCUAGGUUUACCAUGGAAAACGCGAGGAAUGAAAUAUGAUAAAUGCUUCAAAAAGUUUUACAUUUUUUAGACUAGUUAGCCUUUUGAUACUAGAAAUAGAUAAAUAUAGAGUAAUUAAAAUGAGUUUGAACUACAGAUAUAGUGAGUUGGACGUUUUAUAUUCCAUCUCAUUUAUUCCCUUCCAAGUUUAAAGUUUUUACUUUAUUUCAGAAAUAUAACUUGUGGAAAAAUAAACUAAAGUUACUUUGAGUAUAUCUUGAAAGGCACUAUAGUGUAAAAGUUGAAUAUGAUCAUGGUCACUAAAGUUUUUAUUAUGGCCGCUCAAGUAUAAGAACUUACAUACUUGUAUGCUGCCAUUAUUUUGGAUUUUGGUCAUAUAUUCUGCAUCGUUUCUCCAAAUUUUACCAAUAAUGAGUUUGACUUUUUCAUUAGUAUUUCCAAAUUUUGUAAGUUGGACAUUUCUACCCUGGCAAUAUUCCGAGUGCCAAACGAGCCCUUAAGGUUGAGGCGAAGAAGCAAUUUUAACCCAAAGCAUGAGAUGAAAAUCCAUUUAUGGUAAGAUAGAUGGUGCCAUUGCCAUAUGAAUUAAUCAUCCCCAUCAUCACUUAAAUCUUAACUAUGUUGGGGCCAGUAGCAUAAACUAGUAGUGUCAGUUAAGUGUAAAAAAUUAGUUAUUAUCAUACACAGUUCCUUGUGCUAUAGGGAUGAGCAUGGAUUGUUUUCAACUUUUCAUCAGUAAUUUGCUAAGCAGUCUGUACUUGCACGGUUCUGACUCAAAAUCACUAUAGUUGGCUACUUGCAAAAGUAUAACAAUGUGCUUACUAUGUCCUGUCCAGUCUAUAGGCUUAUGAGGCUCCGACUUUAGUUGAUUUCAGGAAAUGUACAGCCAUACACAUUUAUUCUUCCUCCUACAUGGAAACAUACUCGUACGGAAAACAUAUCUUAUGGGAACUACUGCCAACCAAAGUGUGCAGAGUCCAGAUGAAGUCCUCAAAACAUCCAUUUAGAAGUGUGGUGAUCUAAUGUACUGCAGGUUUGCUCUUAAAGCUCGUUAUGAAUUUAUUGGGUCCCAAAACCUUGUGGAAGCAACAGCAGUUGGAGAUACAGUGCCAAUCAAAAACAUUGGAAUUCAUCCACUAGAAGAUUUGGAACCAAUCCUUGAUUUCUUUCAUGGGGAAAGUCUGUGUAUCUUCCAUUUUUGUUCAUUCUGUAGUUGUAUUCCAUAUUUCCAUCUACGUGUGAGUCUGGCCAGAGUUCCGAAACUUGACCUAGACUGGGCAGGUAAAAAAAACUCAACUGGAACCCGGUUUUUGGUUCCAGACCUGAACCAGUAUGGUACAAGUUCAAACUGGGUCCAUUUUUUUCAAAACCGGAUCAGUUUCGGUUCUUUCUUUGGAAAAUUUGCUGAAGAACUGGACCUCAUGCAUAGCUGACCCUAGAACCACAGCCUGAUAUACUUGGAUACUUUUAUGGCUAGGUGUACUUUUGGACAUAUAAUCAGCUUGACUGGGACCAGAUGGUGUCGUCCUUAAUUCCAGUUUACAUAAUACUGCGUACUUACCAUCAAUUGGUCAAACAGCUACUUCUUUCAUAGUUUAUAUUGUUUAAUAUUCUUCUAUAAGUAAAUAGCAUUGAUGCUUUAUUCAAUGUAAAUCUGGAUGUAGUUUGUAAAUAUGUAUAGUUUAAUUUUAUAAGUUUUGGUGUGCUUGGACUCGGGCAUACUAUAAUGUAAAAUAUA